AUGGCAACUCAAGGAGUGACAUUCGCGUCUCAGGACAAGUUGCCCAAGCUUCCAAUCCCUGAUUUGGAAAAAUCAUGCAAGAAGUACCUCGCUUCUUUAAGCCCCCUGCAGUCUGCUAGGGAACAUGCAGAGACGGAAGCUGCUGUGCAGGAGUUCCUGAGAGCUGAGGGCCCUGAGCUCCAGGAGAAGCUCAAGAAGUAUGCCACAGGCAGAUCCAGCUAUAUUGAACAGUUUUGGUACGACUCUUACCUCAACUUCGACAAUCCUGUCGUCCUGAACCUCAAUCCGUUCUUCUUGCUCGAAGAUGACCCUACCCCGGCCAGAAACAACCAGGUCACCCGUGCCGCGUCCCUCGUCAUAUCUUCACUCUCAUUUGUAAGAGCUGUGAGGAAGGAAGAGCUCGAGCCCGACACCCUCAGAGGCCAGCCUCUGGACAUGUACCAGUACUCUCGCCUCUUCGGCACUGCUCGCAUUCCCACAGAACAUGGUUGCCAGAUCGGCCAGGAUCCUUCAUCAAAGCACAUUGUCGUCUUGGUGCGUGGCCAAUUUUACUGGUUCGAUGUUCUGGAUGACAACAACGACUUGAUCAUGACAGAGAAAGAUAUCACUGUCAACCUUCAAGUCAUCGUCGAUGAUGCACAGAACAUCCCUAUCCAAGAGUUCGCACGCAAUGCUGUUGGUGUACUCAGUACCGAGAAUCGCAAGAUCUGGUCCAGUCUGCGUGACGUCCUCUCCAGAGAGGAAGGUUCAAACAAUUCCGACAGUCUCAACAUCAUUGAUUCUGCCCUGUUCAUCCUCUGCCUUGAUUAUACUGAGCCCAAGUCCGGUGCUGAUCUCUGUAUGAACAUGCUUUGUGGCACUUCGAAGGUUGAAGAUGGUCUUCAAGUUGGCACAUGUACUAACCGCUGGUACGACAAGCUGCAACUCAUUGUCUGCAAGAACGGCAGUGCUGGUAUCAACUUCGAACACACUGGAGUCGACGGUCACACAGUCCUGCGUUUCGCAUCUGACGUAUACACUGACACGAUCCUGCGUUUUGCUCGAACGAUCAACGGCAAAGCUCCCUCGCUAUGGGCCACUGAAUCACCAGACCCUGCUAAGCGAGACCCAGACAGUUUUGGUGAUGUUUCGACGACACCACACAGAUUGGAGUGGGACAUGCUGCCUGAAAUCUCGACCGCUGUCCGAUUUGCCGAGACUCGCCUUGCGGACCUGAUCCAACAGAACGAGUUUGCAACUCUUGAGUUCAUGCAAUACGGCAAGAACUUCAUGACUAGCAUGGGCUUCUCUCCCGAUGCUUUUGUACAGAUGGCCUUCCAGGCAGCUUACUAUGGUCUGUAUGGAAAGAUGGAGUGUGUUUACGAACCUGCAAUGACCAAGGUCUUCUACCACGGUCGUACCGAAGCCAUCCGACCUGUCACUGACGAGUCUACCGAAUUUGUCAAACUCUUCUGGGGUGACAACCCACCUGCCAAGAAGGUCGAGGCAUUGCGCAAAGCAUGCCAAAAGCACACCGAGAUCACGAAAGAGUGUGCUAAAGCUCAAGGACAAGACAGACAUUUGUACGCUCUGUUCUGUGUUUGGCAGCGCAUGAUCGAUGGUGAUGAGGAUAUCAUGAGCCAGAAUGGCGACAAUGGUGAUAGUGCUGCGCAUGACGGUAACUUUUCUGAUGUGAUGAGCGACGAUGGCAGCUCUCGAGACUCUAUCAAUCGCAUACCGACCAACACAGGCGUCAUGCCCUCACUUUUCGCCGAUGGUGGUUGGGACAAAUUGAACACCACCAUUCUCUCGACAUCGAACUGCGGUAACCCUUCGCUCCGACAGUUUGGAUUUGGACCAACCUCAGGCGAUGGCUUUGGUAUUGGCUAUAUCAUCAAAGAUGGCAGUGUCAGUAUCUGUGCUUCCUCCAAGCACCGCCAGACCAAGCGCUACAUUGACGCGAUUGAAAGCUACUUCCUCGAGAUGAGAAAGGUCUUGAGACAGACACAGAGAAGAGGCACCAACACCGACAAGCUUGCCAGUCGUGCUAGAGAAGCAGAGCAAAUGAAAGCCAAGGCCAGGCCAAAGAAUGCUAGGAUGAAGUCCCGCGGCAUACUCGUUGAUGGAUCUCGAACACCUGCUGUGGAAAGUGAGCAGGUCAGCGAUGAUGACGGCUUGGGUGGCUAUGGUUUCUUCGAUGCUGGAAUGUUGUUGCAAGCCUUGAAGCAAGAGCAGAAUGGCAAUAUCAAGCCGAGCCAGAAGGCAGCAGCCAGAAACAAGGUUGGCAAGAAGUUGCAGUUAAUGGAUUAUUAG